AUGGAUCACAGCAUGGAUCACAGCAAGGAACAGAGCAACGAUCACGGCAAGGGACACAGCAUGGAACACAGCCAGCGACACAGCAUGGAACACAGCCAGCGACACAGCCAGCGACACAGCAUGGGACACAGCAUGGGACACAGCCAGCGACACAGCAUGGGACACAGCCAGCGACACAGCCAGCGACACAGCCAGCGACACAGCCAGCGACACAGCAUGGAACACAGCAUGGAACACAGCAUGGAACACAGCAUGGAACACAGCAUGGAACACAACAAGGAUGGUGUACCAGUAGAUUUACUGAAACCCAUUAAAAAACAAAGUUCCAGAAGAGAAUAUUUAACAAAACUAAUGUGUACAAAACACUUGGUAACGUCAGACUUGGUAACGUCAGACUUGGUAACGUCAGACUGGGUAGCUUCAGACUGGGUAGCUUCAGACUCGGUAACGUCAGACUGGGUAACGUCAGACUCGGUAACGUCAGACUGGGUAACGUCAGACUCGGUAACGUCAGACUCGGUAACGUCAGACUCGGUAACGUCAGACUCGGUAACGUCAGACUCGGUAACGUCAGACUCGGUAACGUCAGACUCGGUAACGUCAGACUCGGUAACGUCAGACUCGGUAACGUCAGACUCGGUAACGUCAGACUCGGUAACGUCAGACUCGGUAACGUCAGACUCGGUAACGUCAGACUCGGUAACGUCAGACUCGGUAACGUCAGACUCGGUAACGUCAGACUCGGUAACGUCAGACUCGGUAACGUCAGACUCGGUAACGUCAGACUCGGUAACGUCAGACUCGGUAACGUCAGACUCGGUAACGUCAGACUCGGUAACGUCAGACUCGGUAACGUCAGACUCGGUAACGUCAGACUCGGUAACGUCAGACUCGGUAACGUCAGACUCGGUAACGUCAGACUCGGUAACGUCAGACUCGGUAACGUCAGACUCGGUAACGUCAGACUCGGUAACGUCAGACUCGGUAACGUCAGACUCGGUAACGUCAGACUCGGUAACGUCAGACUCGGUAACGUCAGACUCGGUAACGUCAGACUCGGUAACUUCAGACCCGGUAACUUCAGACCCGGUAACGUCAGACUUGGUAACUUCAGACCUGGUAACUAAAUAA